UAAUGAGUAAGUAACAAUAAGAGAUAGAAAUGCAUGAUGUAUAGCAUUAGGAUACUUAUUUAUCCCAUCUUGACUUAUUAAAAGAAGAUGAUAGUCAUCCUAUUAUGUGGUUAUUACAUAUUUUAUUGAAAGCAUGCGCCUUUUUUUCGUAAAUUGUAUUUGAUUUUAUUAUAGGUACUUAUUUCUUGGAUAUUUCAUUUCAAAUAUGUUUUAUGAAAUGAUUAUAUUAUUGAUUUGUCAUGGGAUUGAUUUUUAUUUGGUAAAAAAUGUUACCGGAAGAUUUUUAAUUGGAGUAAGAUGGUACACAGAUUUAUCGUUUCAUGGUUAAGAAAUUUAUAAAUAUGAAUUUUAUAAUAAAGGGGAAGUGAAUGCUAUAGAUUCAACAGUUUUUUGGUAUUGUUAAUUUGGAUCUUCUUGUUUAUGGGCUUUCUUUGUAUUUGCAAAUAUAUUUUAAUUUGGAUUAAUAGAUGUAUUAUUUGAUUAAUGAAAUAGAUAUUUUUAGCAGGUAUUGGAGCUUGUUUGAAUUGGAUUAAUUUAUGGGGAUAUUAUAAAGGAUCAUAAGAGUAAUAAAAAAAAAUGAGAAAUAUUAAACAAUUUCUUGCCAAGAAGGGAGCUAAAUACUUGAUUAAUUAAAAAUGAC